AUGUCUAGUCCACCCUCUUCAGAAUUCGAUAUCGUUUUUGCCGGAGGCGGUUCUACAGCUUGCGUUGUCGCAGGUCGCUUAGCUACAUGCGAUCCCUCGCUCAGGAUCUUGAUUCUGGAAGCGGGUGAACACACUCUCAAUAAAGCUUCUCAUGUCCAACCCUACCAAUUUCCAAACCAACAGGCGCCGACAAGUACUACGGUUACAUUCAAUAUCGGAAACCCAAGUCCUUAUCUCAACGGGCGUGCACCAGUCGUUCCCUGUGGCCGUUGCAUUGGUGGGGGUUCAAGUGUGAAUUUCAUGGCAUACACUCGUGCGCCUGCCUCAGAUUACGAUGAUUGGGGAGUCGAUGGUUGGGAAUCUGAGAAUUUGAUUCCCCUCAUGAAGAAGCUAGAGACAUACGAUGCGCAACCCGAUCGUCCAACUCACGGAUACGAUGGACCUAUCAAGGUGUCCUCUGGUGGGUUCAAAGUGGGUGUCUGCGAUGAGUUCAUCCACAUUGGCACGACCUAUCACAAGAGGCCGUGUUCCGACGACUGCGAUGAUUUAGAAACAUGCAACACAUACAGUCCGUGGCAGAAGUACAUUGACGCAACAACCGGAAGGCGUUCGGACGCAGCCCAUUGCUAUGUCUACAACAAAGCUCACAACAAGAAUUUACAACUCUGGGUUGGCAAGCGAGUGAAACGUGUCAUCUUCGAGAACAAGCGUGCUGUAGGUGUUGAGUUCAUCAGCGACCCAGUGUCUUGUCCAGACGCGGAUCAGUCGUCAAGUACUGUGAGAGCAUCGAAGCUUGUUGUUGUCUCUGGUGGAACGUUCGGUUCCCCGGGCAUUCUCGAGAGGUCUGGGAUCGGUGCCGAGGCGGUCCUCAAGCAGUGCGGUAUCGAGCAGCUAGUGAAUUUACCUGGUGUUGGAGAAAAUUUCCAAGAUCACAAUGGCGUCUUUGUUCCAUACAUGGUUGCUGACGAGGUUGUUACCAUGGACCCUCUCUGGCGUGGGGAGGAGGGUUUUGUACAGGAAAGCCUUGUGCAAUGGAAUUACAAUGGCAAGUCACUGAUUGCACAAAAUGGCCUCGAUGCAAAAAUCAAGUGGCGUCCCGAUGACGAGGAGCUGAAAACCAUGGGUUCGGCUUUUCAACCACGAUGGAAGGAGUUUUUCCGAGACCGCCCAGAUAAGGCUGUUGCAAUAUUCGCUGCCAUUGCGGGGUGUAGAUACGCAGCACCACUCUCGGGGUCACUCUCGAGUAUCCUUCCUCCUCGCAAAUAUAUGACCGCCUGUUAUUAUACACUUUACCCCGUGUCCAUUGGAAGUGUUCAUAUCAAAGUGAGCGAAAACGGCAAGGAAGGAACGGACUUUACUGCAGGCUACCUAGAUGACCCAUCUGAUAUUGUACCUCUUGACUUUGGGUACAAAAAGCUGCGGGAAAUUUGUCGACGCAUGCCUUCCUACCGAGGUGAAGUCACCGCUGGUCAUCCUCGUUUCCCAGAGGGAAGCGCCGCAGCCUGCAGCGAAGCGUCCGGGCCCGUGGACUUGAAUGCACCUGACAUCAUCUACACUGCCGAAGAUGACGAGGCGAUUAAUAAAUACCACCGUGACCACACACAAACAACGUGGCACUCGCUCGGGACUUGCGCCAUGAAACCGGAGGCAGAUCAAGGAGUCGUCGACGCUCGGCUAAAUGUGUACGGCGUGUCGAACCUCAAGGUUGCAGAUAUGUCUAUCUCGCCGUUGAAUGUUGGCACGAACACGUAUUCUACGGCGCUUCUCAUUGGAGAGAAGGCCGCAAUGAUCAUUGCUGAAGAAUUGGGCAUUGACUAUAUUUGAUAUGCAUCUUCAGAGCAGUGAGUGUGAGUAUGUACUAAUAGUUGGCGUGUACUUGUGAUGUAAAAAUAUAUGAUCGGCACUGGGCUCUGAUGAGUAGAACUCAGAAUUCGCGAGUAAAUCCUCGGCAUCA